UGGAGUCUGUCCCUCACUUGGCUCGUUUCCCUCCAUUCAAAGCACCAGGCCUAGGAAAAGGUUCAGUACCUACCAAAACAACAUAACGGCCGAUUUGUUGCUCGCUCAUCAUUUGACUGCGUUUGUUGUUGACUUCUUUUCCUUCUACAUCUUUGCCAUCUCCGCGAGCUUUGAUGUGUCAAUAGCAUCUAUUACCUCUCUUUGUUGCCUCAUUGUCUCUGUCUAGUCGCUUUGACGUGUCAGGCUCCGCGUCGCGUGCUGUCACAAGUCUCAUCCUCCCAGCCCCUCCACUACCGUCCUCGUUACUACCACUACCCGUCCAUCUGCCACCACGAUCGACCACCACCAAUAACAGCUCAAAUCUCGUCACGUCAUCCUUGACGUUCCUUCUCGACUUUUGUCGUUUUGCUUAAACGCCCUCUGCUCUGGUCUCUCCUCCCCAGAGCAGUUCACGGGCUUUAUAUGGCAACGAUAUCUUUAUCACCAACGCCUGGUCCCAUAUCGGCCAUGUCUUCGAGACGGGGCCCGUUAACGAACAACCCCAACGUUGCCAAUUCGCCUCUGAGAGGUGCUUCCGCUCUGGCUGGAUAUGCAAAGCAGAAGCGUUCAUAUGCUACCGUUCAGCGUGAAGAAACCUAUGGCCAGCCGCCGCCUCUAAAGAAGCAGGUACUCGAUAAUGGCGUGCAGCGUCCGGUUCGAUCACCAACCCGGUCCACCAAGACUCAGGUUCUGGUUCAACGUGGCGCUACGCGUCCUUCUACUAAGGAAAGAACCUCAAGGGCUGCUCCGACAAAUGUUUCCCGUGAGGCCGACACUGAGAAGGAAGCAUGGAAGAAGCAUCAUCGUGCCAAGUUUCCUAAAAUGGUCUUCUAUUUCGAGAGUAUACCCGAUGAUGUUCGUGCUAGACUAACAAAGAGGGUCAACUAUCUUGGUGCUAGACAAGAACCCUUCUUCUCCAUUGACGUUACCCAUGUCGUCACCACUCGAACAAUUCCACCUGAAAGACAAGAGGCGCAUCAAGACCAGAACCAAGGACACCAUGGCGAGCACAACGAGUCCGAAGAACAGCCUCAGACCAUUAAUCCAUCUUUAUUGAACCGUAAUACCGAAGCUCGAAGAAAGCUACUGUCCGAGUUCCGCAAUGCACCUUCAAGGUCGCAGCAGCUUGAUGACCCUUUAAAGCGAACCCGAGGAUCAAAGAACAAUGAUGUGCUGUACAAAGCUCGUGAGAUGGGCAAGAAGAUCUGGACACUGGACAAGUUCCAAAACAUGCUUGCAGUCUUGCUUGAGGCAGAGACAAGCCACAGCACGUACGGUUCAAGAUCAACAGCCACUCGCGGUAAUUAUGGUGCUUCGAGGGAGCCUAACCUGCUCCAGCUGUUGCACAAUGAACGCCUAAACGGACCAUCUGAUCGUGAUCCUUCUGCUGUUCAUCGUGAAUUAUGCUAUUUCAAGGGACCUCACAUUUAUGUAUGGGAUAUGGACGAGAAGAACAAGCCCAUCAUGGUUCGAGAGUACCCCAAGGUUGCUAAUAAGGCAGAUGGUGAGUGGCCUCAGUUCCGAAGUGUUGGAAACGGUCGAUGCCCGUUUGUGGAGGACCACGAUGUGCCUGAAAAGGAUCAUCGAAGACAACGAGAGCAGGAAAAGGCACGCCUUGCCAAGCGUGAGGAAGCUGCCCCUGUUCUCAAGCCUCCUCAGGUCCCAAUGCCCAAGCCGGUGACAGGAAAGCGAACCAUUGCUGAGAUGGAGGAUGGUCAGAGCAGAGCCCGUGCUGCGACGCCUACUGAUAUCUUCAACCCCGCCAGGGCGGCCAUGUCGAAAGCAGUGGAUGCCCGACCUCAGAACGCCUUCACAAGCCGUGCUGCCGCUGGCCGGCUUUUUGCUGGCGAGCCUGUGGCAUCUGGAGUGCAGCCUUCUAACAUUACCUCAGCCAUUCGAUCGCAGAUGGUCUCUUCGACAUCUGGUAUCAAUGGAGCGAAGGCUGGAACCAGUAAAGAGGUUCAUGGCCUGCAGCGCAAGGUGUUGCAGAAGGCUGCCCCUGCUUCCUUUGACGUGAGCUCGCGCCGUCUUGCUGAGGUUUCAAUGGACGUUGCAUCUAGCAGAUCAACAACGAUGGGCCGACACACUUCGCGACCUGCUGAGGUGCAAGAAGAGGAUGCUCAAAAGACUGAGCGGAGGACACAGUCGCAACCUCUUAAGAGUAAGCGGGACCUCAAGCCUGGUUAUUGCGAGAACUGUCAGGACAAGUUCCGCGAUUUUGACGAGCACAUUCUAUCUCGCAAACACCGGAAGUUUGCUGAAAACGACGAAAACUGGACUGAGCUUGAUUCUCUCCUGUCACAAAUCAAGAGGAUGCCUAAGUACGCAUCCGGUUCUGACGAGGAGGAAGUCUGGUAGCGACCAUUCAUAAAAUAAUACGACAUAAAUCUUUUCAACAUCGCAUCACCAUCAUCUCAGGCCUUGUCAUGGUCCGCAGCUCAUGGACUAUGUUACUGGCAUCCCACGAAACAAACUCUUCACGAAGUUCAUUUUGCGCAUUUCGGUUCAAAUUCCCACAGCACGCAGUGUACAAACAUCAAAGAUACCUCAUGAGUUUGGUUAGCCUUGCGCUUAAUGGCGGCAUUACCAGACAGUCUUUCGGUUUAAGAUGUCCCCGUCUUCUUUACUAUCGCUUUCUCCUUUUACCUUAUAAGCAUGAACUGCAUGCGACGGCGCAGAGCGGCAUGGUUUUUGGCACAUUAUCUCACGGUCUAGUCGGCCAUCUCAUUUGUUCUGAUUGGACUGCAUACAUGGUAACUGAUUUUUGGGGCGUUUCGUCGCGGUCCAUUUCGAGAGGCAUGGUCAGGGCAAAUGGCUGAGAUGGGUUUGAUGAAGGGUUGUACAAAGGUGAACCAGGGCAGGGCAUCGGAGCGGAAGAAUUAUAUCGCAAAAAGCAACAGCGACUGCUUUACGACGAUGACCAGAAAGGUCUGAUGUAGAUAUGUUUUUAGGACAUGUAUAUGUACCUACAUGUUAUGUAACAUGAAUACUUGAACAAAGUACGGCCCUUGUGGCAUGAUGCACAGUGAAGGUG